AUGGCGUCGCCAGGACAAACCCAAGGCUCCGCGCCUGCAACUCAAGCUCUCUCGCCACCCGCCGAAUCCUCCGCCAACGGUGUCGCACCUGCAUCCCAGACGCAGUCCAACAUCCCAGCUGCAGCUCCUCAAACAUCCACAGCACCACAACCCCCACAAGUCCCCGGCACGUCGGCCCAAGAUAGCGGCAAAUCACGACGACCGCGUGAUGUACGACUGGUCCAUAUGCUUCUCGCCUCACUCGGGGUAACCGCAUACCAAGACCGAGUACCUCUUCAACUUCUCGACUUCGCAUAUCGAUACACCGCCAAUAUCCUACAAGAUGCUGUGCAUCUUGCCACGGAAGGAUAUGCCGCUGCGACAGAUGGCGCAGCAGGCUCCAAGGGCUCCGCGGAAGUGAACAGUGUUUCUCUCCCGGCAUUGCGUCUGAGCAUUGCUUCCCGCCUGCAUUUCCAAUUCCAAUCAGGGCUGCCAAAAGAAUUCCUUAUGGAUGUCGCGUCAGAGCGGAACCGUACUGCCUUACCUGGUGUUUCGCGUGGCUUUGAUGUUACGGCUGGUGCUCCCAAUGGUCCCGUUGGGGCGAAUCCAAGCCUCACGAUGGGUGGAAUGCGUCUGCCUUCUGAGAGAUUCUGUCUCACGGGCGCGGGUUGGAAUUUGAAGGAUGAGUGGGAUAGUGAUGGCGAGGAAGAUGUGCCUGAUGCGCCGCAGGCUGGAGCCGGGAAUGGCGUUGGCGGUGACGGUGCUGCAGAUAAAGAGGACGGCGGCGAUGAUGAUGAUGAUGACGGAAAGAUGGAAGACAUAUUCGGAGAGGAUACAAACAUGGGUGAGGGUAGGAAUGGAGACGAGGACCAGGAUAUGACUGAUGUUUAA